GGGAGUGAUGCAAAUGUUUUAUUACCUUUGAGAGCUUCAUCUGAACUGUCAGGCCCAGAGGGAGAGAGGAGAGGACAGAGAGAGGGGUGGAGGAGCAGCGGAGAGGGUCAGCUCGGCCAGAGGACAGGACUUAGAAGAGAAGCCUGUAAAGCCGCGAAGAAAAUGCGAGACAGGAGCGGCAAAGGCAGAGAGUGAGAGGAAGAGAGGGUGCUGGGGGGUGGGGCGGGGGUCUCAGGCUCGUUUGCCGAAGUGGACAGACGAUAGGAGCCGAAACCGAAGCCGUCAGACUUCUCACACUUAGUCUUUUGUUUUUCUGUGGGUUUUUUUUUUCUCCCCCUUUUCCUUUUCAAUAUUGCAACGCUAGUGCCCCGUGGCCCAGAGGGGAAGGCGGGUCGGCUCAACGAAUCCGGGAACCGCCGGGACUGGUGGUACUGCCCUUUCUGGCGCAACAGCCUGCGGCAGCGCCGGCGGAGGAAGCCCGCCCGGAGGCGAGAUCCUCCCGGAGGCUGGAUGCUCUCCCUCCCCACGCUCCGCGAACGCCAAAAGCGGAUCAGCCUAGCGGCCGAAAGAGCAGGGCAUCCCAGUAAGAUUGCAGGAGCGCUUAGGGCGGAACCUGGCGUCCUUUGAACCUCCCCAAAGAAAGCGAGCCAGCCCCCAACCCUCCGACAUCAAAGUGGAGAUUCGGUGAUUCUUAACUCUUAACUUUGUUACAAACUCUCUGGGGCCUGCCUGAGUUUUGUUUUGCUUAUUUCCCGGGGGAGAAGAUGAGAAGUAGUGCACUUUGAGCGGCGAGGAAAGGUGAGGAAGAGAUCGAGAUCGAAUCCCGCACUCUUAGGAGCGAAAGGACAGCCAGACCCACCCGGGCGCCUGCUGGUCUCGGCGAGCCACCCACUCUCGAGUGGCGUGUUUGGACAUUUCUGCUGCGUAGCGCCGAGAGCAACUCCCGGCGGCGGCGUUCUCGGCCUAGCGGGCAGGUCGCCUCCUCGCUCGCGCGCUCCGCGCCUCUCGCACUCCUGAGCCCCGCCACUGGCACCGGCCCGCGCCCUCGCUGCGUGGCUGUGGGCUCCGGCCUAGCCGUGGGAUGUUAGCGGUAGGGGCGAUGGAGGGCACCCGGCCGAGCGCGUUCCUGCUCAGCAGCCCGCCCCUGGCCGCCCUGCACAGCAUGGCCGAGAUGAAGACCCCGCUGUACCCCGCCGCGUACCCCCCGCUGCCUGCCGGACCCGCCUCCUCCUCGUCCUCCUCUUCCUCCUCGUCUUCGCCCUCCCCGCCUUUGGGCGCCCACAACCCAGGCAGCCUGAAGCCCCAGGCCGCGGGGGGACUCUCGUCCCUAGGCAGCCCCCCCCAGCAGCUCUCGGCCGCCACCCCACACGGCAUCAACGACAUCCUGAGCCGGCCUUCCAUGCCCGUAGCCUCGGGAGCCGCGCUGCCCUCCGCCUCGCCGUCCGGUUCCUCUUCUUCCUCUUCCUCGUCCACCUCUGCUUCCUCCGCCUCGGCAGCCGCUGCAGCGGCUGCUGCUGCGGCGGCGGCCGCCUCAUCCCCAGCCGGACUGCUGGCCGGCCUGCCCCGGUUCAGUAGCCUGAGCCCGCCGCCGCCGCCGCCUGCCCUCUACUUCAGCCCCAGUGCCGCGGCCGUGGCCGCAGUGGGUCGGUACCCCAAGCCGCUAGCCGAGCUGCCCGGCCGGACGCCCAUCUUCUGGCCCGGAGUGAUGCAGAGCCCGCCCUGGAGGGACGCGCGCCUGGCCUGCACCCCUCAUCAAGGAUCCAUUUUGUUGGACAAAGACGGAAAGAGAAAACACACCAGACCCACGUUCUCGGGCCAGCAGAUAUUCGCCUUGGAGAAGACUUUCGAACAGACAAAAUACUUGGCGGGGCCCGAGAGGGCUCGCCUGGCCUAUUCGCUGGGGAUGACGGAGAGUCAGGUCAAGGUCUGGUUCCAGAACCGCCGGACCAAGUGGAGGAAGAAGCACGCGGCCGAGAUGGCCACGGCCAAGAAGAAGCAGGACUCGGAGACCGAGCGGCUCAAGGGGGCCUCGGAGAACGAAGAGGAGGACGACGAUUACAACAAGCCCCUGGACCCCAACUCGGACGACGAGAAAAUCACGCAGCUGCUGAAAAAGCACAAGUCGGGCGGCGGCGGCGGCGGCCUCCUGCUGCACGCGUCCGAGAACGAGAGCUCGUCCUGAGCGCCCGCCGCCUGCCGGCCUCCGGCCUCCGCCCGGGUCCCGCGCGCGUCCCGCCUCCCCGGCCCCGCCUGCGGGGCCCCUUUGCUAGUUUCUGAGAUGUACAUAUCUAUUUUUUUAACCCAGAAGUUGAGGGGGGCGGCGGACAGAGACUCGGGAGUUGGGCAGAAGGCUGAGAUGACCGCGAAGUGCGCCGCAGCGAUACCGCCGCUGAAUGUCGCAGCUGGGCCACCAGCCUCCCAGCUCGGCUCUUCCCCCAGACCCGCCCCCACCCGCUCCCGGCCCCGCCGCGAGAGGCCCCGGCGCCCCCGCCCGCGCCCGGGCCGGUGCCCCCGCGGCCCGCGGGGGGGGCGCGCGGACGGGGUCCCGGGAGCGUCGACACCGCCGCGCAGGGGACCUCGGAGUUUCUCUCCCAGCAAACUGCUGUGCCAACUAAAGUAACCUGUUGAAGGCUCUUUGUAAAUAAAUCGUGAGUCACACUGACUAGAAGUUACUUUAUUGUGAAUAUUUAAAAUGUAAAAUGCUUUUUGAAUUUGGUAUAAAAAGAUGGACUCCUUCCUUUUACCCUUCGCCUUUUAAGAGCUGUCAAACCACACGUUCCCCUUUGAUUUUGAACUUAAUUUGAGAAGCGUAAAAGAGAAUGUUCUCGCCCUCCCCUCCUCUCACUCCUCUCCCCUGUUUGGAUUUGUUUCCCUUCAUCCCUUCUCGCUCUUCCCUGAACACCUCCUGGCUCCGCGCCUGGCUCCCGCUUCCAGGACUUGAAGUAGAAGACGUGGAACCAGGGAAGACCUCAGACCUGCUUCUCCGUUCCUCUCUGAAAUUGCACAGUCGUUUGUUGCUAUUUAUUAGUGAUUUGAAGAGAGUAUUGGGGAGGGAGGGGCUACAAUAGCUUGUAUUUAAUUUAACUCCUUUCUGAUAAAAAUGCGUGUUAAAGUAGAUGGUGGGAAUUGUUACAGUUGCUCUGGGUCAGAAACAUAAAAAUCCAUUUAGUUGCUGUAACUGAAUUUGAAGUGUUUUGUAUCAUAAGAAUACUAUAGACUAUGUAUAUUGUUUUUUUAAGCUAAUAAUGGUGAUAUAUUAGCAUCUUUAACCUUUAUUAAUUUAUAUAAGGAAUUCGGUUUGUAAAGAGAAAACCCCCUUUGCAAGACCAGUUAAAAAUGUAAUGCACUUUCUGUUUCAAAGGAUAAAUCAAAUUAAAAAGCAGUUUGAAGA